AUGGCUACACAAACGACUCUAGAAUUGCAGGAGCGAUCGCGACGUCGCUCUAUUAAUUCUGGCAACGAUAUCCAGACCCCGACUCCUGCUACAAUUGCAGCUGGCUCUUCGUACUUUCCCGACCUCGAAGGCAAACGAGUGAACUGGCAUGAGCUGCUCGAAAUUUCAACACUUCCAUCUACACCUGCCGGAGCUCGAACGCCGGCAGGAGCAUCAACACCAGGCUGGACAACUCCAGGAAAUGCGACACCAGGAUGGCAGACUCCAGCCGGUGCAUCAACACCAGGCUGGGCGACGCCGAGAUCGACUCAAGCUCGCCAUUUACUCACAGAGAUUGCAUAUCCUGAUGUUGGCACAAUUUACUCGUGGCGAGGUAUUAUUAUUUUGUUGAUCACAUGUGGCUCUCAACUCAUGGAUAAUAUCUUUAUGACGGCUGUUAAUCUUUCUUUGCCAUCUGUGCAAGCGGAGUUUGAUGUUUCGUCUGGCGACCUUCAGUGGCUGCUCUCGGCAUACACUCUUACUUUUGGAGGUUUCCUUCUCUUCUCGGGAGUCUUGGCCGACCGCUAUGGCAGGAGACAGGUCUUCUCCAUUGGUAUGGGUGUGCUAUCGGUCUGGACUCUAGCCAACGGCUUCGGAGAAUCUUUCAUUCAACUAGCCAUUUUCCGGGCUCUUCAAGGUGUUGGUGCUGCAAUGACAGUUCCCUCCUCUAUUGGCAUCAUCAGUUCUCACUUCGUCGCCACAGAGCGUAUAGUCGCCUUGACGAUGUUUGGUGCAUCCGGCGCAGUAGGUUUCUGCGCAGGCCUCAUCUUUGGUGGCUUUGUGACCGAUUCUUUGGGCUGGCGCUACAUCUUUCGCAUUGCCGUUGCGGUUACUGGACCGCUGGGUAUCAUGGGCUGGUUCAUGCUGCCUAAAGACCGCACAGAAGGUACUGCGCGACCGAAGCUGGAUUUCGUGGGUGCAGGUCUAUCGACUGGUGGUCUGAUUCUGCUAUCUUUCGUUCUUUCGAGUGGAGGAGAGUAUGGCUGGAACAAGGCAUUCAUCAUCGCUUUACUGGUCAUCUCAGUCAUCAUGAUCUGUGUAUUUGCGUACGUCGAANAGAAAGUCAGCAAUCCGAUUAUGCCGCUCUCGCUCUGGAAGAUUCCAAACUUUGCUCCGCUCUGGAUAGCAGGAUUUGUGCUUUACGGAAGCUAUCAGACAGUCAUCUACUAUGUGGUCUUGCAGGCACAGGAGAUAGCCCACCUUUCCGCUGGCGCAACAGCAUUGCGGUUCCUACCUAUGGGCGCUGCUGGCUUCACUACAAAUAUGGUUCUGGCCAAGUGGAUGAAGCACAUGAACACUCGAUACUUGAUGCUUUUAGGCAUGCUUAUAACCACUCUUUCGCCCAUCCCCGCUUCCUUGAUGCCGGCUUCCUCACCAAGCUUCUGGAGAUACAUUUUGCCGACUUCGGUUAUGGUCGUUGUUGGUGUUAGUAUUUGCUAUAUCUGCAUUACUAACAUCAUGCUGUCUUCUGUUCCUGCAAACGUCAAGAGUUUGUGCGGUGGGCUGGUCAAUACGGCGUUCCAGAUCGGGAGUGGUGUUAGUCUUGCUUUGGCGGCUGCGGUAGUGGAUGCGGUGGAUGUCAAGAAGGGACAGGAUGCUAGUAAGCAGUAUCAGACAGGCUUGUAUUGCUGUAUUGGAUUGUCUGGACUGGGUCUUGUGGUUUCGGCGGUCGGAUUGAGGAAGAUGAGUGGAAGUGCUGGCGGGGCUCAGGUGCACUGA